AUGGAGACAGUAGAGAUGGAUAAAUUCUCCGACAGCCCUAUCGCGAGGGAAAUCAGAGGCUCCCCGGAUAAAAAGCAGCGCGAUGAAGCAAAUUUGGCGCGUUUGGGCAAACGCGGUAUCUUGAAGCGGAACUUUGGAUUGAUGGCUGUGCUCGGUUUUAGCACAUCUAUUCUUAUUACUUGGGAGGGUCUCUUCACGACCUUCCUAGAGUCAUUGGAAAAUGUAUGGGUUCAUAUUCGUGUGGGCUGGAUUAGCAGCGACAUUUGCCAUGCUAUCAGAACUGGUAUCCAUCCGGAAUUCUUAGGAAUGAAGAAAGAAAGACAUGUUAACUCGGAGAAGGGCACCGACAGCGGGUGCUAUAUCACAGGCUGGCUUACUGUCGUCGGUUGGCAGGCCACUUUCGCUACGGCCUGCUUCUUGACCGGUACGAUUAUACAAGGCUUAAUUAUCCUGACCCAGCCGAGUUACGUGCCACAAUCAUGGCAUUCGACUUUAUUGUAUUGGGCAAUUUUAUUUUUCUGCCUGGCGAUCAAUGUCAUUGGCGGCUCUUUGUUGCCCAAAUUUGAAGGUCUCAUUUUGGUCCUCCAUAUUGUAGGCUUCUUUGCCAUCCUCAUUCCAUUGACUUAUCUCUCCGAUCACGCCACUGCCAAAGAAGUAUUUGCAAGUUGGACAAAUGAGGGCGGCUGGAAAACACAAGGACUUUCUUUUUUUGUUGGCCUUAUUGGGGCCGUAUUUGCAUUUGCCGGUGGUGAUGCCGCAGUUCACAUGGCCGAAGAAACACAUGACGCCCAAAGAGUCAUCCCGCUUUCGCUCAUGUUCAGCAUCACAGUCAAUGGCGUCCUAGGGUUUGCCAUGCUAAUUGCCGCCUUAUUCUGUAUGGGGAAUCUGCAAAAUGACAUUGACACGCCCACUGGAUACCCUUUCAUUGAAAUAUUUCUUCAAGCAACAGGAUCGAUUGCUGGUACUGCUGCUAUGUCCUCCAUUAUCGUGGUUAUGGGUAUAUGUGCCACAGUCGGCAUGUUAGCAACAGCUUCUCGACAAUUUUGGGCCUUCUCGCGUGACCGGGGCACUCCAGGCUGGCGUUUUUGGAGCCGAGUAUCAAAGCGUGGUAAUAUCCCACUCAACGCCGUGUUCUUGACUGCCACAGUUGCCACUCUGUUAGGCUUGAUUCCGCUCGGUUCAUCAACCGCUUUCAAUGACUUGACCUCUCUGUCAACAUCUGGCUUGUAUUUGUCGUACAUUAUCUGUUGUAUCCUGCUACUAUAUCGACGAUGCACUGGGGGCAUUCUUGACAUGGCAGACUAUCGAAAUCGUAACAAUUCAGAUAUGUCAGAAGACGACGAACAGAUCAUGAAUACGGCUGGCGCAAAGCUCGUUUGGGGCCCGUUUCACCUUAAGGCUUUUGGCCGCCUACAGAGCAAGUUACAGUGUCGACAAUGA